UCUUCUCGACAACAUGGUUUACAAAGCGUUGCUCGUGUGCAUGCUCCUCGUCUUCACCGCAGAUGCGGAAGACAAAUCCGGGCUGUAUAGGAAGCCCACCUGUGGGGACAUGAGCGAGGUGCAGGCGUGCCCCCUCAACUUCGCCCCGGUGUGCGGCACUGACGGCAACACGUACGCGAACGAGUGCGCGCUCUGUGUGCAGAGACUGGAGACCAAAACGGACAUCCUGAUCAUGAAAGAGGACCACUGCUGA